GAAACACCAAAUUGUGGCUUAUUGCAUCCGCCCUGAGGCGCCAGAUUCAGUGAUUUUCCGCGGAGAAGCAGCGACAAAAUGACGGACUUGCCGAUUAGAUUCCAGGAGCACCUGCAGCUCACGAGCGUCGGGAUCAACAUCAAUGCGAUUUCCUUCAGCACGCUGACGAUGGAGUCGGACAAGUUCAUCUGCGUGCGCGAGAAAGUCGGCGACACGGCUCAAGUCGUCAUCAUCGACAUGAACGACACGGCGAAUCCCAUCCGGCGCCCGAUCAGCGCCGAUUCGGCCAUCAUGAAUCCGGCCAGCAAAGUCAUCGCUCUCAAAGCACAAAAGACUCUGCAGAUCUUCAACAUCGAGAUGAAGUCGAAGAUGAAGGCGCACACGAUGACGGAGGACGUGGUGUUCUGGAAGUGGAUGAGCCUCAACACGCUGGCGCUGGUGACGGAGAAUUCCGUCUAUCACUGGUCGAUGGAGGGCGACUCGACGCCUCAGAAGGUCUUCGAUCGCCACUCGUCGCUCAACAACUGUCAGAUCAUCAACUAUCGCACGGACCCCAAGCAGCAGUGGCUCCUGCUCGUCGGCAUCACGGCGCUGCAGAAUCGCGUCGUGGGCGCGAUGCAGUUGUAUUCGGUGGAGAGAAAGUGUUCGCAGGCAAUUGAGGGUCACGCGGCGUCUUUUGCCACGUUCAAGAUGGAGAAGAAUCAAGAGGCGUCGACGCUAUUCUGCUUCGCCGUGCGCUCGACGCAGGGUGGAAAGUUGUACAUCAUUGAGGUGGGAACGCCGCCCGCCGGCAAUCAGGCGUUCGCCAAGAAGUCCGUGGAUGUUUUCUUUCCGCCAGAGGCGCAGAAUGACUUUCCGGUGGCGAUGCAAGUGUCGGACAAGUACGAUGUGAUCUACUUGAUCACCAAAUACGGCUACAUUCAUCUGUACGACAUCGAGACGGCCACUUGUAUCUACAUGAAUCGCAUCUCGGCGGAGACGAUCUUCGUCACGGCGCCGCACGAGGCGAGCGGCGGGAUUAUUGGGGUGAAUCGCAAGGGUCAAGUGCUGUCUGUGACUGUUGAGGAGGAUCAUCUCAUUCCCUACAUCACAAAUACGCUGCAGAAUGCGGAUUUGGCACUGAGAAUUGCCGUGCGGAACAAUUUGUCGGGCGCUGAAGAGUUGUUUGUGCACAAGUUCAACAAUCUCUUCCAGAAUGGACACUAUGCCGAGGCGGCCAAGGUCGCUGCAUUGGCACCGAAGGGAAUUCUGCGCACGCCACAGACCAUUCAGAGUUUCCAGCAAGUGCAGACGCCGGCGGGCUCCAAUUCGCCGCCGCUGCUGCAAUAUUUCGGCAUUCUGCUGGAUCAGGGCAAGCUGAACAAGUACGAGUCGCUGGAGUUGUGCCGUCCGGUGCUGCUGCAGGGCAGGAAGCAGCUGUGCGAGAAGUGGCUGAAGGAGGAGAAGCUGGAGUGCAGCGAAGAGUUGGGCGAUCUCAUCAAGCCCACGGAUUUGACGCUCGCGCUUUCCAUCUAUUUGCGCUCCAAUGUGCCGAACAAAGUGAUUCAGUGCUUCGCCGAGACUGGACAGUUCCAGAAGAUUGUGCUGUACGCCAAGAAGGUGAACUACACGCCGGAUUACAUCUACUUGCUGCGCUCGGUGAUGCGCACGAAUCCCGAGCAGGGCGCUGGAUUCGCGGGAAUGCUGGUGGCUGAUGAGGAGCCGCUGGCGGACAUCAAUCAGAUCGUGGACAUCUUCAUGGAGCAGAAUAUGGUGCAGCAGUGCACGGCGUUCCUUCUCGAUGCGCUGAAGCACAAUCGGCCCAACGAAGGGCCGCUGCAGACGCGUCUGCUGGAGAUGAAUCUGAUGUCGGCGCCACAAGUGGCGGACGCGAUUCUGGGCAACGCCAUGUUCACGCACUACGAUCGUGCGCACAUUGCGCAGCUGUGCGAGAAGGCGGGUCUGCUGCAGCGCGCCCUGGAGCACUACACGGAUCUGUAUGACAUCAAGAGGGCAGUUGUGCACACGCACUUGCUGAAUGCCGACUGGCUGUUGAGCUUCUUCGGCACGCUGAGUGUGGAGGAUUCGCUGGAGUGCUUGAAGGCCAUGUUGACGGCCAAUAUUCGGCAGAAUCUGCAGAUUUGCGUGCAAAUUGCCACGAAGUAUCAUGAACAGUUGACAACAAAGGCGCUAAUUGAUCUGUUUGAGAGCUUCAAGAGUUACGAAGGAUUGUUCUACUUCCUCGGAUCGAUUGUCAACUUCAGUCAGGAUCCUGAGGUGCACUUUAAGUACAUUCAGGCGGCGUGCAAAACCACACAGAUUAAGGAAGUUGAGCGCAUUUGUCGCGAGAGCAACUGUUACAAUCCUGAGCGUGUGAAGAAUUUCUUGAAGGAGGCAAAAUUGACAGAUCAAUUGCCAUUGAUUAUUGUUUGUGAUCGUUUUGACUUUGUUCACGAUCUCGUGUUGUAUUUGUAUCGCAACAAUCUGCAGAAGUACAUUGAAAUCUAUGUGCAGAAAGUCAAUCCAUCACGCUUGCCAGUGGUUGUUGGUGGAUUGUUGGAUGUUGAUUGCUCUGAGGAUAUCAUAAAGAAUCUGAUUUUGGUGGUGAAGGGACAAUUUUCCACGGAUGAAUUGGUGGAGGAAGUGGAGAAGCGCAAUCGAUUGAAGCUGUUGCUGCCGUGGUUGGAGUCACGCGUGCACGAAGGUUGCACAGAACCGGCAACACACAAUGCCUUGGCGAAGAUCUAUAUUGAUUCCAAUAACAAUCCUGAGCGCUUCCUCAAGGAGAAUCAAUUCUAUGACAGUCGCGUGGUUGGACGCUACUGUGAGAAGCGUGAUCCGCACUUGGCGUGCGUGGCGUACGAACGUGGACAGUGCGAUAGGGAGUUGAUUGCGGUGUGCAAUGAGAAUUCACUGUUUAAAUCUGAAGCGAGAUAUCUUGUGCGUCGUCGUGAUGCUGAAUUGUGGGCUGAAGUCCUUUCUGAAGCGAAUCCUUACAAGCGUCAGUUGAUUGAUCAAGUUGUUCAGACGGCACUGAGUGAGACACAAGAUCCUGAUGAUAUUUCUGUGACCGUAAAGGCUUUCAUGACGGCAGAUUUGCCGAAUGAAUUGAUUGAAUUGCUUGAGAAGAUUGUCUUGGAUUCAUCAGUGUUUUCUGAUCAUCGUAAUUUGCAGAAUUUGCUCAUCUUGACGGCAAUCAAGGCGGAUCGCACACGCGUGAUGGAUUACAUCAAUCGUCUGGACAAUUACGAUGCGCCGGACAUUGCCAACAUUGCCAUCAGCAAUCAACUGUACGAAGAGGCUUUUGCCAUCUUCAAGAAGUUCGACGUCAACACGUCGGCCAUUCAGGUGUUGAUUGAACAGGUGGAGAAUCUUGAGCGCGCCAAUGAGUUCGCUGAGCGCUGCAAUGAGCCGGCGGUGUGGUCUCAAUUGGCCGGCGCACAACUCCAGAAAGGUCUCGUGAAGGAGGCCAUCGAUUCGUACAUCAAAGCUGACGAUCCGAGUGCUUACAUGGAUGUCGUCGAGACGGCCAGCAAGAAUGAAUCCUGGGACGAUCUGGUGCGCUAUCUGCAGAUGGCGAGGAUGAAGGCGCGCGAGAGUUACAUUGAGAGUGAGUUGAUUUAUGCUUAUGCACGAACUGGACGUCUUGCGGAUCUGGAGGAGUUCAUCUCGGGUCCAAAUCAUGCUGACAUCCAGAAGAUUGGCGACAGAUGCUUCAACGAUGGCAUGUACGAUGCGGCAAAGCUGCUGUACAACAAUGUCAGCAAUUUCGCCCGUCUCGCCAUCACUUUGGUGCAUCUGAAGGAGUUCCAGGGCGCCGUGGAUAGCGCCAGGAAGGCCAAUUCGACGCGCACGUGGAAGGAAGUGUGUUUCGCAUGUGUGGACGCUCAGGAAUUCCGGCUGGCGCAAAUGUGUGGUCUUCACAUUGUCGUGCAUGCCGAUGAAUUGGAGGAUUUGAUCAAUUAUUAUCAAGAUCGUGGACACUUUGAGGAACUCAUUGCACUUCUUGAGGCUGCUUUGGGUCUCGAGCGUGCUCAUAUGGGAAUGUUCACGGAAUUGGCAAUUCUCUAUUCCAAAUACAAACCCAGCAAGAUGCGUGAACAUCUGGAGUUGUUCUGGUCACGUGUGAACAUUCCGAAAGUCUUGCGUGCCGCCGAACAAGCACACUUGUGGUCCGAAUUGGUCUUUCUCUAUGACAAGUAUGAAGAAUAUGAUAAUGCUGUGCAGGCAAUGAUGUCACAUCCAACAGAAGCGUGGCGUGAGGGACACUUUAAGGAUAUCAUCACAAAGGUGGCCAAUAUUGAUUUGUACUACAAGGCGAUUCAGUUCUAUUUGGACUACAAACCGCUGCUGCUGAACGACAUGCUGUUGGUCUUGGCGCCACGCAUGGAUCACACGCGCGCCGUUGGCUUCUUCACCAAGACCAAUCAUCUGCAACUGGUGAAGCCGUACUUGCGCUCUGUGCAGAAUCUUAACAACAAGGCCAUCAAUGAGGCACUGAAUGGACUGCUGAUCGAGGAGGAGGACUAUCAGGGUCUCAGGACGUCCAUUGACGCCUUCGAUAACUUCGACAACAUCGCGCUGGCGCAGAAGCUGGAGAAGCACGAGCUCACGGAGUUCAGGCGCAUCGCUGCCUAUCUCUACAAAGGCAACAAUCGCUGGAAGCAAAGCGUUGAGCUGUGCAAGAAGGAUCGCCUGUUCAAGGACGCGAUGGAAUAUGCGGCGGAGUCGCAUCAGCAGGAGAUCGCUGAGGAGUUGCUCGGCUGGUUCCUGGACAGAGGCGCUUUCGAUUGCUUCGCCGCCUGUCUUUUCCAGUGCUACGAUUUGCUGCGGCCGGACGUGAUUCUGGAGCUCGCCUGGCGACACAACAUCAUGGAUUUCGCCAUGCCGUACUUGAUUCAGGUGAUUCGCGAGUACACGUCGAAGGUGGACAAGCUGGAGUUGAACGAGGCGCAGCGGCAGCAGGAAGGCGAGCAGGCGGAGCACAAGUCGAUGAUCCUGCCGGAGCCGCAGCUGAUGCUGACGGCGGGCCCGGGCAUGGGCGUGCCGCCGCAGUACGCCCAGGCGUACGGCGUGCCCGGCUACGCGCCGAACAUGCCCUAUCAGGGCUACGGCAUGUAGGGCGAGAGCGCGCUCCUGGGCGGCCUGGGCGCGCCCGCGCAGCAUUUAGCCAAGCUGCUCACGCUCAGCUUCGGCAUAGUUAAGUCCAUCUUGAGCCGCACGAUCCGCAUGUAGACAUUCGCCGCUCUUUCCCCGCGCCGCGCCUUUCCACUUCCGGCACACGCUUCGACUCCCCGCGCGCUCAGCGAUUGAUGUGUGUAAAUAAAAGAGAGAAACAGAAAAUAAGAGAGAGAAAAAGGGGUGGAAUUGUAUUUGAAUAUAUACAGAAAGAAAGAAAGAAAAAAAAUAGUGUGUAGAAUUUCCUGGGGAAAAGAGAAAUUUGGUCAGAAAAACACUGUAAGUUAAGAAGAUGUAGUAAAAGAGAAAAAUACACUUGAUUCUUGCAUAGAAAUUAAAGAUAAAAAUAGCUAAAAGAUUGAGAGACAAAACAUCAAAUUGAUCAAAUUCAUUGACGCACUGAGAGAUUAACUUUAAGUCCGUUUUUCUUUGUCGUGUCUUUUUUUUUGUCGGGGAAAAGAGAAGAAGAAGAAAAGAAGGGAAAAUGUGGAUGAAAAAGCAUGAAGAAUGAUGAUGAUUUCAGUAUUUAAAUUAAGAAGAAGAUGGUAAAAAAAAAUCUAAUGAAAAAAGAAUUGAUGGUAAUAUUUCUUUGUGUAAUAUUUACUUAUAAUAUUAAAAAAAAAAUUGCUGAGGUUUUAACAUAAAUAUAAAAAAGAAAGAAAGAUGGAAAAAUGGAUGAUAAAAAUUAUAAUGAAGAGAAUAUAAUCUUAAAAGAAAAAGAAGUAAAAAUAUUUUGCCUAUAAGCAUUAAAACAUAAUUAAA